CACACUCUCACUUUCUUCUGUUUCAAACACACUCAUGGAUUAUCAUCACUUUCUUCUUCUGCUGCUGUCGACCUGCAGCUUCCUGCCAGAUCUUCAGCUCUGCUUCAACUUCGACACAAAGAACUUCAAGAUCUUCUCCGGCUCCAAAGAAAACCAGUUUGGAUACACGGUCCAGCAGCACGAGGCUGGAGGACGCCAGUGGUUGCUGGUUGGAGCUCCCUUUGAAUCCACAGGGAAGCAGCAGACUGGUGAUGUGUUCAGGUGUCCGCUGGACAGAAACUCUGCAAACUGCACUCGACUCAACCUGGGGAAUCUUUCUCUGGACAACGUGUCUGAGAGGAAAGACAAGAUGAGGCUGGGGAUGACGCUGACCUCCAACCCUAAAGACAGCAGCUUUGUGACCUGUGGGCCGCUCUGGUCUCAUCAGUGUGGAAGCUCCUUGUACAGCACAGGAAUCUGCUCCAGGGUCAGCCGGAACUUCAGACUGUCCCACACCAUCACCCCCGCCCUGCAGAGGUGUGAGACGUUCAUGGACAUCGUGAUAGUUCUGGAUGGUUCGAACUCCAUCUACCCAUGGUACGAGGUCCAGGACUUCCUCAUCACCAUCCUGCAGAAGUUCUACAUCGGCCCAGGUCAGACGCAGGUGGGUGUGGUUCAGUACGGCUCCACUGUGGUCCAUGAAUUCAGUCUGGGUGAGUACCAGACGGUGGAGGACGUGGUGGAGGCUGCCAGGGGCAUUGACCAGCGGGGCGGCGAGGAGACGAGGACAGCACUGGGCAUCAACGUUGGGCGGUCUGAGGCGUUCAAGCGCGGCGGACGUCCCGGUGCCAAGAAGGUGAUGAUCGUGAUCACAGACGGAGAAUCUCAUGACAGUUCAGAUCUGCUGCAGGUGGUCGCUGACAGCGAGAGGGACAACGUCACCAUGUACGCCAUCGCUGUUCUGGGUUAUUACAACCGCCGGGGAAUCAACCCCGAAGCCUUUCUGAAGGAAAUCAAGUUCAUUGCUAGCGAUCCGGACGAGAAGCACUUCUUCAACGUGUCAGACGAGUCGGCGCUGAAAGACAUCGUGGACGCGCUGGGAGAGAGGAUCUUCUCUCUGGAAGGAAGUCAGGGUCGAGGGUUCGGUCUGCAGAUGGCUCAGGCGGGUUUCUCCUCACAUUUAGUCAGAGACGGCGUUCUGCUUGGGGCGGUGGGCGCCUACGACUGGAACGGCGCCGUGCUGAAAGAGACUAAACAUGGGAAAGUUGUUCCACCAAAAUCCUCCUAUAAGGACGAGUUUCCAGAUGAGCUGAAGAACCAUGGAGCCUAUCUGGGUUACUCGGUGGGUUCACUCAUCUCGUCUCGUGGCUCUCAGAUCUACGUGUCCGGAGCUCCGAGGUUCAACCACACCGGGAAGGUCAUCGUCUUCACCCUGAAGAACAACGGAAACCUGACCAUCCUGCAGGCACUGCUGGGAGAGCAGAUCGGCUCGUAUUUCGGCAGCGUGUUGUUAUCGAUGGACGUAGAUGGUGAUGGACAAACGGACGUUUUGGUCGUGGCAGCGCCCAUGUUUUACAGCCAGGGCUGGGAGAGAGGGAAGGUUUACAUCUACACUGUCACACCACAGACAUCCUUCAUCCUGCAGGGGGCGCUGGAGGUUUACGGUCGCUCGCAGAACUCCCGGCUGGGUUCGGCGUUGGCCCAGAUACCCGACAUGAACGGGGACGGGUUCAGGGAGCUGGUGGUGGGAGCGCCGCUGGAGGACGACCACCAGGGGGCGGUCUAUGUAUUUUACGGCCAGGACAAAACCAUCCAACGCCAGUACAGACAGCAUCUGUCUGCAGCCGGGUUUUCAGCAGGUCUGCAGUAUUUUGGUCAAAGUCUUCACGGCGUUCUGGACGUCAAUGGAGACGGGCUCGUCGACCUCGCAGUGGGAGCACUGGGAGCAGCCGUCAUCAUCUGGUCUCGUGGUGUGGUGCGGAUUCAGGCCAAGCUGACCUUUGAACCGGAGAAGGUGAACAUCUUUAACAAAGACUGCCGGCGAGGAGGGAAGGAGGUCACCUGCAUGUCGGUUACCGUCUGUCUGAGUCUGGACUCCCGGACGAAGAGCCGGACGAAGAGCCGGACAGAUGUUGCUGUUUGGUACAGUCUGGUGUUGGAUGAGAGGCGUUUUCCUCCUCGAGCUGUCCUGGAUGAGUCUGACCGCCAGCAGCCUCGGAGUCUGUUUCUACAGGUCGGAGGUCAAAGCUGUCGACGCAUCAGCUUCUCCAUCCAGGACACGGCUGAUUAUGGACGCCCCAUCGCGGUGGUCCUGGAGACGGGGCUGAAGAAUCCAGACGAGGGGCCGGUAUUGGACCCCGACUGGCCGAGCGUCCUGAGGGCCGAGGUGGUGCAGCUGAUGUUCAUUGCAGAGCUAAUGGAGCGGCUGUACAGAAGCACACGUUCAGGAGGGAAGAUCAAGCAAACGCGUUUGUUUCCGGCUCGACUGCGGCGGCUUUUAAAGGGCUUUGUAAAGACGGAGGCUGGUGGAGCUUAA